UGCAAUCUUUGAGGUUAGUAAGAAAAAUACAAAUUACAAUAUAAUACAGUAAAAGUUGAAAUUGUUUUUUUAAUUAUUCAUACUUUAAAACUUUAUAAAGUUUAAUUCCAUCAUAGUUUAAAUAAAAUAUCCGACAAAAUGCGUCCUCCUAUUUUAUUGUUGAAAGAAGGAACUGAAGACAGCCAAGGUAAAUCACAGCUCCUGUCCAAUAUAACUGCUUGCCAAGCAGUCGUAGAGGCCAUAAGAACAACUUUAGGCCCACGUGGUAUGGACAAACUAAUUGUGGACAGCCGCGGAACUGUGACUAUUUCUAACGAUGGCGCAACAAUUAUGAAAAUUUCUGAUAUCAUCCAUCCGGCAGCAAAGACUCUGGUCGAUAUUGCUAAAUCACAAGAUGCUGAAGUCGGUGAUGGUACUACAAGUGUAGUUUUACUAGCUGGAGAGUUUCUUAAACAAGUGAAACCUUAUGUCGAAGAGGGAGUGCAUCCCAGAAUUAUUAUAAAAGCACUGCGCAAAGCGUUGAAAAUUGCCCAAGAUAGAAUUGAUCAAAUAGCCUUCAAGAUGAAGUUCAAUACGGACGAAGAAUAUCGUAUCUUUCUCCAGAAAUGUGCUGCAACAGCUCUUAAUUCAAAACUUAUUCAUCAAGAAAAAGAAUUUUUCUCCAGAAUUGCUGUUGAAGCAGUAUUAUUAUUAGAUGAACUAAUGCCUUUGAACAUGAUUGGUAUCAAAAAAGUGCAAGGCGGUGGAUUACAGGAUUCACAACUCAUUACUGGCGUAGCAUUUAAGAAGACAUUUUCAUAUGCUGGCUUUGAAAUGCAACCUAAACAUUAUAAAAAUUGCAAAAUCGCUUUACUCAAUAUCGAGCUUGAGUUAAAAGCUGAACGGUCUAAUGCUGAAGUUAGAGUGAACACAGUUGAGGAAUUCCAAAAAGUUGUCGACACCGAGUGGAACAUUCUGUAUGAAAAACUUGAGCACAUUUACAAAAGUGGAGCGCAAGUGGUCCUUUCAAAAUUGCCUAUCGGUGAUGUGGCUACGCAAUUUUUUGCCGACAGAGAUAUGUUUUGCGCCGGUCGGGUCGUUGAUGAAGAUUUAAAACGUACAAUGAAGGCCUGUGGUGGAGUAAUCGUCGCCACUACUUACGACCUGAACGACUCUGUACUUGGAAAAUGUGAAUCUUUUGAAGAAAAACAAAUUGGCGGCGACAGGUUCAACUUGUUUUCUGGAUGUCCCAAUGCCAAAGCUUGCACGGUUAUAUUGCGCGGCGGUGGUGAACAUCUAUUGGAUGAAACUGAACGAUCUUUACACGAUGCUAUUAUGAUUGUUCGUAGAACUGUGAAAAAUGAUUCCAUUGUGGCUGGCGGAGGUGCUAUUGAGAUGGAGCUUAGCAAAGUUCUACGCGAUUACUCUAGGUCAAUAGCUGGCAAAGAACAGUUGAUAGUUGCCGCUAUUGCCAAGUCAUUAGAAAUAAUUCCACGACAACUGUGUGACAAUGCUGGUUUUGACGCUACUAAUAUAUUGAACAAAUUGCGACAAAAGCACGCUCAAGGUGGCCUUGCUUUUGGCGUGGACAUCAACAGGGAAUAUGUUGCAGAUAAUUUCGAAAAUUGUGUUUGGGAACCAGUAAUAAUCAAAAAGAAUGCGCUCGCUGCCGCCAUAGAAGCGGCUUGUUUGAUUUUAUCGGUCGAUCAAACGGUCAAGAAUCCUAAAUCUGGCGGUGGAGAUGAGCAAGCUCCUGGCCGAGGACGUGGAAGACCAAUGUAAUUGGCAAACAGUUAACUCAUUCACUUAUUUUAUUAAUACUUUUUGUAUAAGGUUUUUUUUGUAUUACGUUCACUUACACAUUGAAUACUAAUAUUCCUCUGUACAUUGUUUAACAUACAAGUAAUAUAUUUUAUAUUAAACAAAACUAUUUUCCUUUAUUAAACUGUUUAAUAACUAAAAUAAAACAUUUGAAACAAAA